AGACCCUUCCCUGUAAAAAGGAAGAGGAAGACUCACUGACCCCCCACAUUAAAGAGGAAGAGGAGGAACACAGCAUCAGUCAGGAAGGAGAUCAUAUUGAAGGACUGGUGGAGUUCCCAGUGACUGGUGUCCCUGUGAAGAGUGAAGAUGAUGAGGUCAAAGGUGAAAGUGAGGAGAAGAGAGAGGCGGAGCCUCCAAGCAGCAGCUCAACACAACACAUGACAACAGAAGCUGAUGGAGACCACUGUGGAGGAUCACAAGCAGACAAGAUCUUAGCUCCACUAUCAGAUAGUGAGGACACAACGUCACACUCUCCUGACACUGAUGAUGAAGACUCUAAAGAUGAUGCAACAUGUCACACUGACAACACUCACUUCACAUGUUCUCACUGUCACAAAACCUUUAAGUACCAUAGUGAUCUGAAAACACACACAAGAACACACACUGGUGAAAAACCUUUUUCUUGUUCAAUCUGUGGUAAAGGUUUUACACAAAGGCGAUCUUUGAAAAUGCACAUGAGAAUACACACUGGUGAAAAACCCUUUUCCUGUUCAACCUGUGGUAAAGGUUUUACACAAAGUCAACAUUUGAAAGGACACAUGAGAACACACACUAGUGAAAAACCCUUUUCCUGUUCAACUUGUGGUAAAGGUUUUACACAAAGUCAAUAUUUGAAAGUACACAUGAGAAUACACACUGGUGAAAAACCUUUUUCCUGUUCAACUUGUGGUAAAGGUUUUACACAAAGUCACAGUGUGAAAAGACACAAGAGAACACACACUGGUGAAAAACCUUGUAUCUGUUCAAUCUGUAGUAAAGGUUUUACACAAAGUCAAUAUUUGAAAGUACACAUGAGAACACACACUGGUGAAAAACCUUCUUCCUGUUCAAUCUGUGGUAAAUGUUUUACACAAAGACAUUUGAAAAGACACAUGAGAGGACACACUGGUGAAAAAACAUUUUCCUGUUCAACCUGUGGUAAAGGUUUUACAAAAAGUCAGUAUUUGAAAGUACACAUGAGAAUACACACUGGAGAAAAACCCUUUUCCUGUUCAACUUGUGGUAAAGGUUUUACACAAAGUCAACAUUUGAAAAAACACAUGAGAACACACCCAGGAGAGAAAGUGUUGAGUUGCAGUGUGUGUGGUGAAAGAUUGUCUUCUAAUUACCAGUGUAAGAAACACAAGUGUGCUGGUGAGAAAAGCAGCAGCAAAUGAAGAUGCAGGAUUUGAAAUAAACUGUCAAGACUUUAAUGUUGACUUUCUAACAACAUCAGCACAUAUAACAUGUGUGACAUUGUUGUUUGUGUAACUAUCUUGUUAAUAUUCUCCUACAUUUUUUAUUAACGUUGAUGUUCCAGGUAAUCUUAUUUUCAGUGAAGGUUUAGGAUAGCCAAAUAUAAGCUUUGGCUUCAGCCUAUUCUUUUUUCGGUCAUGCUUUUUCUUUUCUUUUCUUUUCCUUUUGUGUGUAAAUGUGUAUGAUUUUUAUAAAUGUAUAGUCUGUACUCUUAAACUGGUCACACACAAUGGUUAAUGGUUGA